AUGUUUGUGCCAUAUCUUUCUAUUCCCAAGUGCAUAACUCCAAAAUGGCAGAAGAAUUGAAGCUACUUGGCGCAUGGGCUAGUCCUUUUAGUCUCAGAAUAGAGCUAGCCCUGAAGCUAAAAGGCAUAAAAUAUCAGUACAUAGAAGAAGAUCUCUCCAACAAGAGUCCUUUACUUCUCAAGUCCAAUCCAGUUCACAAGAAAAUUCCUGUGCUCAUACACAAUGGAAAACCAAUUGCAGAGUCACUUGUCAUUCUUGAAUACAUAGAUGAGACCUGGAAAAACAAUCCUCUCUUGCCUGAAAAUCCUUAUGAUCGAGCAAUUGCUCGUUUCUGGGCUAAAUUCGUCGAUGAAAAGAUCCUGCAAAUAGCUGUCAAGUUCAGGUUAGCCAAAGAGAAGGAGAAAGAGCAGAUCAUUCAAGAACUUGGUGAGCAGCUGCAGUUUCUUGAGAAGGAGUUAGAAGGAAAGGAAUUUUUUGGAGGUGAGAGCAUCGGAUACGUAGACGUUGUGGCAUAUUUUAUAGUCAAUUGGCUCCAAGUGCAACAAGAAGUUAGGCAGAUAGUAUUCAUCAGUGAAGAGAAAUUUCCAGUUUUAUGCAAGUGGAUGGGAAAGCUUCAUGAAAUAGAUGUGGUCAAUGGGUGCCUGCCUCCAAAAGAUAAACAUUAUGCUUAUAUGAGAGCUCAAAUUGAGGCUGCAAAAUCUGCUAUCAAAUAAUUAAUUAGUCUUUCAAUGCUUCAUAGUUUCUGAAUCUAUUUGCCUUCGUUCUUGUUUUAUUGCUCUGUAACUUUCGCUUCACCAUAUAUCAUCGUGGUUCUGGUUAUGUCUAAGCAUUAUGAAUAAAAAGUUUGGUUUUAUAGUA